ACACAACCUAACAAGGCAGCCGGUCGUCACGGGUCCCGCGCUCCAUGGCUCACACACGUGACGUUUACAACCCCUAAACAUCUUUAUUUCUCGUGUACCUCACCAAUCCUGCCACGUGCCAGAUCUUCAUGAUAAUAUGAUCAGUAGUAAGUAGUAGUAACAUAUUAUCACCGUCCCUUUUCCGAUACGUCUUUCAUCACUCUACUCCAAAUCACAGAGCUUUACAGUGUUAAUCGUAAGAUUGGGAAAAUGAGCAACACAAUAGGGAAUAACUUGCGGCAUCAGAGUUUGCUUUCUCCCUCAGUAUUAGAGCACAAGAGUCGAAGAAAUUCUUCCGCUUGCAUUGGGGGAAAUACCUUUUCCCAUCUACAAGCAAAUUCACUGAUACACAGAUCUUCUAUAUCAACAGAGUUUCAUGGCAACAGACUCACACUUCAGAAGAAGAAAUCACUAAUGGGGAAGCAGCGUGCUAUUACAAGAUCAUUUAAGGCUGUUUUGGCAGCUGAUUCGCCCUCUGCGCUUACGGAGAAGUUCAACCUUGAUCAGAAUAUAGAACUACAGGUUGAUGUUGGGAUUGCCACUUCAGGUUCUGCUUCAAUUGUAAAUGUUCAAGUUACAAAUAGUAGUGAUCGCCUACUCCUACACUGGGGGGCAAUCGGUAGUCAAAAAGAAAAAUGGAUACUUCCUCAUUGCCGUCCAGUUGGAACUAUGGUGUAUAAAAACAAAGCACUUAGGAGUCCGUUUGUGAAAUCUGGUUCAAAUGCGGUCCUUCAAAUAGAGAUCGAUGAUCCUGCAAUACAAGCUCUGGAGUUUCUUAUUUUUGAUGAAGCCCAUAAUAAAUGGUACAAGUACAAUGGGGGUAAUUUCCAUGUUACAUUACCUAAGACAAAGUCAAGGGCAAUAGAUGUUUCUGUUCCGGAGGAUCUUGUACAAAUUCAAGCAUACUUGAGGUGGGAGAGGAAAGGGAAGCAGAUUUACACACCAGAAAAGGAGAAGGAGGAAUACGAAGCGGCUCGAAUGGAGCUGUUGGAAGAAGUAGCUAGGGGUACAUCCAUAGAGGAUCUUCGAAAGAAGUUAUUAAACAACAAUAAUGCAAGCAAAAGUAAGGAACAGCUUGUUUCUGCUUCAAAGAGCACUAUACCUGAUGAUCUGGUUCAGAUACAAGCAUAUAUAAGAUGGGAAAAAGCUGGAAAGCCAAACUAUUCUCCUGAACAGCAACUUAGAGAAUUUGAAGAAGCCAGAAAAGAGUUGCAGGCUGAAGUAGACAAAGGUGCUUCCCUUGACGAAAUACGAAAGAAAAUCAACAAGGGAGAGAUACAAACAAAGGUUUCCAAGCAAUUGGCCAAAAAGAGAUAUUUCACCGCAGAAAAGAUUCAGCGAAAGAAAAGAGACCCAGUGUCACUUCUCACUAAAUUUACUCCAGUGCCAGUGGAGGAAAAAGCCUCUUCAGCUCCAGAAGUUCUCUCCGCAGUUCAACAGGUCUCCAGGGUGAAAGAAGAUCAUAUUAAUGGCUCUGUAGUGAGCAAAAGAGUUUAUAAGCUUGGUGACAAGGAACUCCUGGUGCUUGUAGCAAAGCACCCGGACAAGACACAAAUUUAUCUGGCUACAGAUCUUCCACAGCCUGUUGUUCUUCAUUGGGGCUUAUCUAUGAGACCUGGAGAAUGGGAAGCACCUCCUUCCACUACAUUGCCCCCUGAUUCAGUCUCUCAAGACAAAGCUGCUGAAACAAAACUCACAACAAGCUCUUCUGAUGAUCAACCUGAUAAGGUCCAAUCCUUAGAAAUUAUAAUUGAAGAUGACAAGUAUGUCGGGAUACCAUUUGUUCUUUUAUCUGAUGGAAACUGGGUGAAAAAUGGAGGGUCUGACUUUUAUAUUGAGUUGAACACUAGCCCUAUGGAGGUUAAAAAGGUUGUUAUCUCAAUCCUUAUGGUUCUUUUUUCUCCAUUAUACUUUCCUGUCAUUAUAAGGUAUCAUCUACUGUUUCUACUUUGUGUACAGCAGGAUUUUGGAGAUGGGAGAGGAACAUCAAAGUCUUUGUUAGAUAAAAUAGCAGAGUUGGAAAGUGAAGCCCAAAAGUCCUUCAUGCAUCGAUUCAAUAUUGCAGCAGACCUGAUGGAGCAAGCAACCAGUGCUGGUGAACUAGGUCUUGCAGGAAUUCUUGUUUGGAUGAGAUUUAUGGCAACGAGACAGCUGAUUUGGAACAAAAACUACAAUGUAAAACCUCGAGAGAUAAGCAAAGCUCAGGACAGGCUAACAGAUUUGCUACAGAAUCUCUACAUAGCAUUCCCACAGUAUCGAGAAACUUUACGCAUGAUCAUGUCAACUGUUGGCCGUGGAGGUGAAGGAGAUGUAGGACAAAGAAUAAGGGACGAGAUAUUAGUCAUUCAGAGGAAAAAUGACUGUAAAGGUGGAAUGAUGGAGGAAUGGCAUCAGAAGUUGCAUAAUAACACUAGUCCUGAUGAUGUUGUGAUCUGUCAGGCAUUAAUCAACUAUAUCAAGGAUGACUUUGACAUUAAUGUUUACUGGAAAACCUUAAAUGAGAAUGGAAUAACCAAAGAGCGUCUUCUUAGUUAUGACCGUGCGAUACAUUCCGAACCAAAUUUUAGGCAGGAUCAGAAAGAAGGACUGCUACGUGAUCUUGGACAUUACAUGAGAACAUUGAAGGCAGUUCAUUCGGGCGCAGAUCUUGAGGCUGCCGUCGCAAAUUGCAUGGGCUACAGUGCUCAGGGAGAAGGAUUCAUGGUGGGAGUGCAGAUAAAUCCAGUGGCUGGCUUGCCAGCAGGAUUCCCGGAACUACUUCAAUUUAUUCUAGCACACAUUGAAGAUGAGAAUGUGGAAGCCCUUCUUGAGGGAUUGCUUGAGGCUCGUGCGGAGCUUAGGCCAUUGCUUUCCCAGCCGAAGGACCGUCUUAAGGAUCUUAUAUUCCUGGAUAUUGCUCUCGACUCUGCAGUUAGGACAGCUGUUGAACGUGGAUACGAAGAAUUGAGUAAUGCAAGUCCUGAGAAAAUAAUGCACUUCAUCUCUCUUGUUGUUGAAAACCUUGUUCUUUCGGUGAACAAUAAUGAAGAUCUCAUUUUUUGCCUGAAGGGAUGGAACCAAGCUCUAGACAUGUUAAAGAGCGGAGAUGAUCAAUGGGCAUUAUUUGCUAAAUCGGUCCUUGACAGAAGUCGUCUCUCACUUGCAAGCAAAGCUGAAUCGUAUCAUCAUCUACUGCAACCAUCUGCAGAGUAUCUUGGAGCGCGGCUUGGAGUGGAUCCAUGGGCAGUCAAUAUAUUUACUGAAGAAAUUAUUAGGGCUGGAUCAGCAGCUUCACUAUCCUCCCUUCUUAAUCGACUUGAUCCAGUUCUUCGCCAAACUGCUCAUUUGGGGAGUUGGCAGGUCAUUAGUCCAGUUGAAGCUACUGGGUAUGUUGUCGUGGUGGAUCAGUUGCUCUCUGUUCAGAAUGUAUCUUACUCAAAACCCACAAUAUUGGUUGCGAAAUCUGUUAAGGGAGAGGAAGAAAUUCCUGAUGGUGCAGUGGCUGUGCUGACCCCAGACAUGCCUGAUGUUCUUUCACAUGUUUCUGUUCGAGCGAGGAAUAGUAAGGUUUGCUUCGCAACAUGCUUUGAUUCCAAUAUAUUGGGCGAAAUCCAGACAAAGGAAGGAAAAUUGUUGUGCUUAAAACCUACAUCUGCAGAUGUGGUAUAUAGUGAGGUGAACGAUGAUGAGCUAAUAAGUUCAGGUAACUCUAAGGAAGGUUCAUCUGUGCCAUCUGUGACUUUGGUUAGAAAGAAGUUUGGUGGGAGAUAUGCAAUAUCAUCUAAUGAAUUUAACAGCGAAAUGGUCGGAGCCAAAUCUCGCAAUAUCGCACACCUUAGAGGGAAAGUCCCAUCUUGGGUUAAUAUUCCAACAUCUGUUGCUUUGCCGUUCGGUGUUUUUGAAACAGUCCUUGCAGAUGAUAUAAACCAGGAUGUGGCCAAAAAAUUGCAAGUUCUGAAGCAGAAAUUAGUUGAAGGAAACUUCAGUGCCCUUGGUGAAAUUCGAGACACCGUCUUAGAACUUUUAGCUCCAACACAAUUGGUUAAAGAGCUUAAAGAAAAAAUGCAGAGUUCUGGCAUGCCUUGGCCUGGUGAUGAAGGUGAAACGAGAUGGGCACAAGCAUGGAUGGCCAUAAAGAAGGUAUGGGCUUCGAAAUGGAAUGAGAGGGCAUACUUCAGCACAAGGAAAGUGAAACUUGAUCACGAUUAUCUUUGCAUGGCAGUUCUUGUCCAAGAAAUCAUAAAUGCUGAUUAUGCAUUUGUUAUCCACACCACUAACCCAUCUUCUGGGAACUCAUCUGAAAUUUAUGCCGAGGUUGUGAAGGGUCUUGGGGAGACCCUAGUUGGAGCUUAUCCAGGUCGUGCAUUGAGCUUUAUUUGUAAGAAAAAUGAUCUCAACUCUCCUAAGGUUUUGGGUUAUCCCAGCAAACCCAUUGGCCUUUUCAUAAGGCAGUCUAUAAUUUUCCGAUCAGAUUCAAAUGGUGAAGAUUUAGAAGGUUAUGCUGGCGCUGGCCUUUAUGAUAGUGUGCCAAUGGAUGAGGAGGAGAAGGUUGUGCUGGACUACUCGUCUGAUCCAUUAAUUAUUGAUAGUAGUUUUCGUACCUCAAUCCUGUCUAGCAUAGCCCAUGCAGGAAAAGCCAUAGAGGAGCUAUAUGGAUCGGCUCAAGAUAUUGAAGGUGUGGUGAAGGAUGGGAAAAUUUAUGUUGUCCAAACGAGACCUCAGAUUUGACUAGAUUCAUUGCUGCUUCCUGAGAAAGGGAGAUUAUCAUUUGAACAUGAUGGUAAAGGGAAUGGUGCCCAGAAAAGCCAUACGUAUAGAAGAUUCACGUGUCUAUUGAUAUUCAUAUUACCAAUGCUUGUACAACUUCUGUACAUUUUAUACGCAUAAUAAUUGGAUGCUCAUACAAUGAUAAUAAUAAUACUAAUUCAAGCAUUUAUAUCUAUAUAAAUAAUGUACCAACCGAUACUACUAAAUGUAGCAUGAUUUUAG